AUGCCAAAACUUCCUUCAAAGGACAUUGUGAUCAAGUGGUCAAAUGAUCACAUCCUUCAAUGGCUUUACAAAGAGGAUUUACACGAUUGCAUUGAAGCCUUCAAAACUAGAAAAAUAACGGGCGAUAAGUUUCUGGAUUUGAGCGAUGAUUUGGUCAUUACAUUCAGUGAACUCAAAAUUAUUAGAAGAAGACAAAUAGUCAAAUGCAUUAAUGAAUGUAAAACUCAAGCAAAUAAUGCAAAGAAAUUGGUUGAAAAUAUUAAAGAUCACAAACACAGAGCAGUCAAUCGCACAGUAGAUGAAGAAGACGACGAUGAUGUUGGCUGGGGUUCAGACUUUGAUGACGAUUCAGAUGAAAAUGACGAUUUGAACGAUCAACAGAUCAACGAUAAGUCUAAAACUUGUAUUUCUGAUAAUAAUGUAAAAGAAAUGAAUGAAGACUUGCUUUAUGAACCGGUUAGUGAUUAUAUGAGCAAUGGAUCCCUUACUGCACUUAAUUGUCAUGAACUUCGGACUACCAGUGCUUUAAAUAUUGAUUGUAAUAUCAAUACAAAACAAACCAAUGGCACUGGUAUUAGACAGUCUGUGAUUUGCAAUACAAUCAGUCAAUCUAUGCCAUCAAUUAAUACAAUUAAUGACACUAAUGAUAAUAAACCAAAAAUCAAUAGCACUGUAAACUCAUUAUCUUCAGUGCCGUCACCCAAACCCAGUCCUAGACUUCUGCCAAAACCUGCUACCAUUAAACCAGAAGUACCUAAAAAUAAGCCCCAAAUAAUUCCCAGAAAACCUGUAAAUAAUAACUUAAAGUCGACUUCAAAUAUGCCGAUAAAAAGGCCGCCAUCAGAGCCACCGCCGCCUCCACUGCCAAAGUCUCCGCCACCGAUGUCUCCCAUUAAUGUUCCAUCAGAUCUGCAAUAUAUGUUGACAAAAGAUACUAAGUAUUUAAUAACGACUUCAAAUGGAUAUCCAGACAACUAUGAAGCAGUUGUAUUGCCUUUGACUGAAGAUGAAUAUCUAUCACCCAUUCCUUUAGAUAUAACUUCCCGUAAGAGCUCGUCAUCAACUAUAUCAUCGCUCAGAGAUGAUGUUUCAUCUAUUGGUUCGUAUAAAUCACAUUCUUCUCAAAGUCAUAGCAAUGUUAUAACUGAAGAAAAUUACGAGCCAUUCAUCGAAACUAUAAAAACUAAUGAUAUUAACGACAAUGAAAUGACAAUUAAAGAUGAAAACUAUGAAAUUGUUAAUGAAAAUCAAUUUAUCAAUAAUCCGAUAUUACCUGUUAGUCAAAGACCACUAUUACCUAAAGUAAAGGAAUCGUCUAUUAUGACCAACAAAUCAAAACUAGGAAUUCCCGACGUUUUUCCUAAUCUUCUGAAUAGAAGUACAAAAGACAAAAAGUGGUCGAAAGAGUCUAAAUCUCUUGAAAAUGAUAUUAAUAUCGAAGAUAACAAUAAUAACAGCAAUUCAGUCAAUUCAUUAGGUAUAUCGAGUCGUCCUCUGCCUCCACUGCCAUCAGUUCCAUCACAAGUGGUAUCACAACCAUCGUCUCAAUUACAUUCAUUUGCUAGCAAUGAAUCUCUCCAUAACUAUGAAUGGUUUUUGACGGUCGAGAGGGAAGACGCCGAGGCUUUGUUGAUGACACAGGAGGAGGACGGGGCGUAUUUGGUUAGGGAAAGCAAGAGAGCCGGCAAAAGCAAUCCAUACACACUUACUAUCUUUCAUAACGGACGGGUAUUUCAUUUAAAUAUCCGUAAAAGACCUGACAGUCUCUAUGCUUUAGGCAAAGAAAAAUCAAGAGAAAAGACAUUCAAAACAGUGGCCGAUUUAGUCUCAUAUCACACAACAGAACCUAUUCUUUUGACAACAAGAGGUACUCCGGCAGGAAAAACGAGAUUAAUAGUAACGCCAUCGACUUCUUUGUGCUAAUUAUAACAAACAGAUUAUAAUCACUAACUGCUUAUUAUUUGUCUAAUUAAAGCUCAACGACUAGUCAAACAAUAUAAUUAUGAUUUUUGUUAUUUAUUUCUUUAUCUUUAUCUAACAUUUAUAUAUUU